AUGGCGAUACAUUUAUACAAAACUUCUACCCCGAGCACACGCAAUGGAGCCGUAGACAGUCAAGUGAAAUCCAAUCCACGAAAUAAUUUGAUCUAUGGGCAGCAUCAUUGUGGUAAAGGUCGUAAUGCCAGAGGAAUCAUUACCGUAAGGCAUAGAGGGGGAGGUCAUAAGCGUCUAUACCGUCACAAUCAUGGCGUUGAGUCAAGCCAAUCUCCAAUGAGGCCCACUUCUCAGACUCUCAAUGAUGUGACUGUUGUGGAGCCUCUGGCGAUUUUGGGUUAUCCAAAGUUCACGACUUUUCGAUUUCGAGUGCCUCAACGGCCACCUUCUUUGAAACAACCUGUGUCAAAUGGAACCUUUACAGCCCAAGAUGAUAGUAAAACAGUCUCAAAGGGAAUCAUCUUGGCAUUUGUUGUUCUUGCUACUGUUAUCGUCUUGGUGCUGCUUGCUCUGGGAUUUGCUGUUUGCAGGAGGAGGAAGUCACACCAAUCAUUUUAUUGUCAGUCUGGUAUUGAUAUUACAAGUACACAGUCACUGCAAUUUGAUUACAAGACAAUCGAAACUGCAACAAAUAAGUUUUUAGAGAGCAACAAGAUUGGCCGUGGUGGAUUUGGAGAAGUUUUCAAAGGCGUUCUUCCAGAUGGGACAGAAGUGGCAGUGAAGAGGCUGUCAAAAACCUCAGGACAGGGCGGAGAAGAGUUCAAGAACGAGGCUGUUCUGGUGGCAAAGCUUCAACACAGAAAUCUGGUCAGGCUUCUCGGAUUUGUUCUAAAAGGAGAAGAGAAGAUACUUGUGUACGAGUUUGUCCCCAAUAAAAGCCUCGAUUACUUCCUUUUCGACCCUUUAAAACAAGGCUUGGUGGAGUGGAAAACACGUUACAGUAUCAUUGGAGGGAUUGCUCGAGGAAUUCUUUAUCUUCAUCAAGAUUCACGACUCAUAAUCAUACACCGUGACCUCAAAGCGAGUAACGUGCUCCUAGAUGCAGACAUGAACCCAAAAAUUGCAGAUUUUGGAAUUGCUAGGAUCUUUGGGAUGGACCAAACUCGAGCUGAAACGCGUAGGAUAGUUGGAACCUAUGGUUACAUGUCUCCAGAAUAUGCAAUGCAAGGCCAUUUCUCCAUGAAGUCUGAUGUCUAUAGCUUUGGAGUCUUAGUUCUCGAGAUUAUAAGCGGCAAGAAGACUAGCAGCUUAGACCAGACAGACGGUAAUAUUAGCAACUUGGUCACAUAUGCAUGGAGGCUUUGGAGAGAAGGUUCACCAUUAGAGCUAGUGGAUCCGGCCAUUGGAGAGAACUAUCAUAGCAAUGAAGCAACAAGAUGCAUCCAUAUUGCACUGUUGUGUGUUCAAGAAGAUCCUGCAGAUCGUCCGACUUGCCUUCAAUUACUUUAA